AUGCAUUUUCUGGAUAGAUUAAAGAAGCACUAGCAGUUCUAACUCAUAAAUAUUUUUAUAUAGUACAUAAAAAACUAUCUGUACAUUAUCAUUUAUAGUAAGAUAGCUUUGCUUUUAAUUGAUGGUACGGUUGAAUAAAAUAAUUGUUCAUCCGAUGGAAGAUAUUACAUUAUUAUUGUUGAAAAUGGUUGUAUUUGCUUUGUUGUCUUUAAUUUAAUUGCUCUUAUUUACAUUAUUAAAUAGCAAGAUUUUGCGAGAUUAGAAUUCUUUAUAAUGUAUGGAUUAAAUUUAGGCUGGUUUUCUGUGCUCUUAGUUUAUAGCUUGAUAACUGUAUUAUAAAGGGAUUAUGAAUGCAACACAGUCAUCAUAUUUCGAAAGGCCUUUUUGUUUGUUUGCAUUAAAAAAGAAAUAGAAAUAGGAGCUCUUAUUUUCAAGCAAUCAGAUUGGUUUUUAAGAUAGGUCAAUAUCUGUGCAAAUACCGUUUUUGCUUUCAUGAUUUUUACUUCUUCUAAUUAGGAGCGUUGUUCUAAGGAAGCUUCAACUAUUGCUCUUUCAAUAACUAUAGAAAAUUUAGUUAGCUUAGCUUUUUUCACUGUUAUAAAUGUAUGCGUUUCUUGCUAUUCUCUUAAAAACUAAGCAUUUAGAGCCAUCAAAUUUGUUAGUAUUGUCAUCAUUUCGAGCUUUGUUAUUUCAUAUAUAGUCAUAAUGUACUUUAAUGCUACUGAUAACAUACGAUUUAUUCCUUAUUGCGUCCCAAUUAUCUUUACCAUGAAAUCUUAUAUUUAUGUUAUCCCUAUUAGUUUAGCUAGCAUGGUUAUUCUUUACUAUUCACUUUUACUCUAAUACGAGGAAGAGUAGUAAGAAGAAGAAAAAUCUAAAUCUAAAAAUUAAUAAAGUUAAUUUAAUCCUAGAGAUGGAUAUGCUAUAUCUCCCUUCUAAGCAUAAUUUAUAGAUGAAAUUAAUUUUUCUUAUAAAAACGAUAAAUAAAAUGAGUCUGAAGGAAGAAAAACUAUUUCUAACCAUGCUGAAUUAGAAAAAAUGUAUAAAAGUGGUUAAUUAAGAAAUAAUGAUGAGUUUAUUGAAGAAAUGCCUGAGUUUUAACCUAAUUAAGGCUCUACAAAUAAUUUCUUUUCAAAAAAAUAAGUUGAAAAUAGUGCCAAAAGCAAUUAAAAGCAAAAAGCUGCAUAAAAUUUGUAAGAUAGUCCAAUAAAUUUCUAUGAUUUUGCAGAUAAGUUAAACGAAAGAAACAGAGAUUAAUAAAGAUAAAACCAAAGCAAUAAUGAAUAAAUGGGGACAGCAUUUAAUAUCAACAGCAAUAUAAAUCAAUUUGAAAAUUAGAACCAAUAAAAAUAAUACAACAAGAUGGUUACAUUUAAUCAAUCUUAACCCUCAUCUUAACAUCAAUCUUUUAGAAACGAUGCAAACUCUGUAAACUAGUAGCAAACAUAUAUGUAAAGUGGAAGUAUAACUCCUUCUUUUAAUCUUAUUUAAAAAAAUAAAAAUUUAAACUGA